UUCAUUUAUAACCCGACAAUAAAUCCACAGAAGAAGAAACCUGAGUCUUGCCUGUUUGCUGCUUUAUUCACUGCUUAGCUCAGACUGAUGAUAUAAAGUCAAAUUUAUUGCAUUUUCACUGCAGUACUAAGGAAAACAAAGAUGGGUGAGGUGGAGUUAUCAUGUCUGGCCUAUGUGAAGAUGUAUCUGCACGCCAGUCAGUUUCCCCGUUGCAGUGUUAAUGGAGUGCUGUUGUCCUCCAGUCCUGCAGGAGGCGCUGCUCUCUCGAUUACAGACUGUGUGCCACUGUUACACACUCACCUGUCUCUCACACCCAUCACACAGGUCGCGCUCACACAGGUGGAUGUUUGGUGUUCACAAACGCAGCAGAGGAUUGUGGGAUAUUAUCAGGCUAAUGCUUGUGUAUCAGACAGCAGUCCAACACCUUGUGCUUUAAAGAUUGCAGACAAGAUCUCAGAGCAGUGUCCCAAUGCUGUGCUACUCAUGAUUGAUGGAGAAAAGAUGUUUCCGGACUAUCGCGGGCCUCCGAUCAUCAUGUAUGAGCGUAAAGACUCUCGCUGGGCUCUUAAAGACAAACAUACAAUAAUGCUUCAACAGUGGGAGGAAACUUGUUCAGUAGCUCACCAGCUCUUUCGUUCUGGCGAUCAGAAGCUCUUGGUGGAUUUUGACAGUCAUUUGGACGACAUCACAAAAGACUGGACCAAUCAGAAACUCAAUGCCAAGGUCAUGGAACUGGUCUCUCCAGCCAAUGGAGUUGUGUAAAUACAUUUGUGUUACAAUAGACUAAAUAAUUUUUGUUGAACAGCUAAUGUUAUAGUUGUGUUAAGAUUGUUUGGCACGCAGUAUAGAUGUGACCGUUCAGUUCUAGAUAAUAAAUAACUAAAUGUACCUAACAGCAUAAAUACUGUACAUGCUACAGUAACAUUCCCAAAAAUACACAAACAGUUUUUAUUAAUUAAUUAAUUAAUUAAUAUAAUUGAACUAUUUUAAAACACUUUUCACUACUGUUUAGGUAUUGUCCUAGUCUGAUAAAUCUGUCAUAUUUUUUCAUUUUGUGUUUAUUUUAUUGAAAGACAUGUUACAUCAAUAUUUUUGCUCAUGAAGACAAGACGCACACACAUGCAAACUUUAACCUGUUACACUAGCAAAAUACCUAACACAUAUAACACUGAGACUGGGUUAGGUUUAUUUAUCAGUUGUCAAAAGAUGCAAUGGAUUGAUCAAUUCAAUAGAUUUGUUUAUUUAUUUUUGGUACAGUUACAAUGAAGACAUAUCUGCUCUGUUGUACAGAAGGAAAACAAAAUGUGAUUCAGUUUUCCACACAAUUCAUUUAUUCUGAUGUUCAGACUCACUUUGAUUUCACUGUGAAUAAUUGAAAUAAUAAAUGGCUGCUGAUCAGUAAUUCAGUUCUGUUUUAAUAAACUGUGUUAAUAACUCUUAAA